GCUGCGGGACAGCAUUUUGAACAUUUUCCGUUGCUGCGGCACAUUUUAUUAUAAAUUCGUUGUUUUUUUAAACAUACAAUCAUUCAUGUUAAAUGCUUAAAAUGACGUUCGCCGCAAUAGUGGUCUAAAUUUAAGUUGUUAUCAAAUAAAUCGCAACAAAUGUACGUCAACCGACAUAAUUCCGUUCGAAUCGUGGACUGAAAUGUAAACAAAGAUCAUGCAUGUAGUAGCUCAUCAUGGACGACUCGGACCAGGACUUCAAAGACCUCUGCUCAAGGCUCCUCAAAAGGGUUAGAAGGAAAGGACCAGCAGGUUCUGGAGAUGAGAAAAGAUCAGCAACCAAGGAUGAAGAACCAUCCUCUCCGUCAUCCGGAAGAAACCCGCCUAAGAGGAGGAAGAGGACUAAAGAUGCGGUGAAGACUCAGCUGAAUGGCAGGACUCAGACUGCGGUGUCUGCUGAUGCCCCUUCGGCCGACUUGGGUGUAUCUGCCACAGGGAAGGUGAAAGAUGCUGUGAUCCGGAGAAUGCAGCAGUUUAAGAGAACCAGUCCAGAGAGACUUUUACAUGCAGAGACUGAUGAGAACUGUGACGCUCCUGAUGGGGUCCAGCACACAGUAGAUGUGAGCGGAGAUGAAGCUCUGGCUCUUCGGCUUCAGCAGGAGCUGGAUCGAGAGGCUCGGGCUGCUGCUGGAGAUGUGGAGGAUGGAGGACUGUUUUUCUGUCAGCUCUGCCAGAAAGAUCUGUCAUCCAUGAGCCCCUCGCUGCGCACUCAGCACAUCAACAGAUGUCUUGAUGCCAGUGAGAGCAGUGCACCCUCGACAUCCCAUCAUUCCCAGCCCAGACCAAGGGUUCCAGAGUGUCCCAUCUGCGGAAAGAGUUUUAAAUCAGAAAAAAGCCGCUCUGCUCAUCUAAAGCGCUGCUCGUCGGAUAUGGGAGUGAAGCCCAAUGAUCUUCUCCAGGCGUUGAGGAGACAAGCGGCUGAGACCGAGAGUGACCGCAACACUGACCAAAUGCAACAAGUGGAUGGCGCUGUAAGGGGGGAUGGUGUGCCUGUGAAAAAGAAGAGCAGGAGAAAAGGGCAGAAGUUGGACGAGGACACCAUGAUGGCACUGGCUCUGUCCCGCUCUCUGCUGGAACAGGAGGUGGAGAAAAAGCGAGAGCUGGAGGAGCAGAGGGAGAUUCUGGCUCAGAUCUCCAGCCCUCCUGCAGCCACAGCUCCUGUCCUAAAGUGGAAACCUGGAGCAGGUAAGGGUCGUGGAAAGAGAAGGAAGGGAGCGUCUCCUGUCCAGCCGCCGCUGCUCCUCAUUCAGGACCCUCAGAUUGCACUGAACCGCCUACAGGAGAGGGUUUCAUCUCUUCUGCUCUGCUCCAGACCACCUUCUCCUCCAACACCCACCCUGAGCCCCUCCAGCCUCCCUCUUCAACCUCACGCACCCCUCUGGGACAAAAGCGCUCUACACAGAGGACAACCAGACACCGUUUCAGAGUUCUACACGUCUGAGCUGAGCAGCUUUAUACAGCCAUGGGUCGCACCACAGAAGGAAAACGACAAGCCUCUUGAAGCUACACCAGUCAAAAGUACUCCAGGUCUGCUUCAGGAAAAGCCUUCAGAUCAGAGCCUGACACAGAAUCGAACUACCCGUCCUCUAACCCCCUGUUCGGAUACGCCGGGCACCCAGGCUCUGCAGGACCUGAUGGAGCUUGCAGAGGAAGGCAUGACCCUCACCCAGUAUGGAUAUACAACAUAUACAGCUGCAGCGGGCAAAUCAGACAAAGAUAAUGCUUUGAAUGAACUUCCCUCAAGUGGAUCUGCUCCAGAGGCAACUGACAGAACGACUGAUAAAACAGUGUACGUUUCAAAGCUAGCUUCUGAUUUGAGCAGUAUGGUGAACAACCCUCAACUCAGUGAUGUGCAGUUGCAGGUGGACAGUGGCGAUGUCUUUUUUGCUCACUCGUUUAUGCUGUACACACGAUGCCCCCUGCUGGCCAACAUGGUUCACGAUUCAGGUUUUGGCGUCCAGGAGGAGGGUUUGCCUGUUGCUCGGAGGGUGCUGUUUGGUGAUGUGUUGAGCGAGGCAGUGUUGGCCUUCCUGCAGUAUCUUUACACUGCUCACUGUCCUCUGACGCACACACUACUACCACACAUGCAGGAGCUUGCCGUUAGAUUUGGUUUAGCUGAGCUACAGCAGCAGUGUGAGGAAUAUUCUGGAAGCACAGAUGAAAACGCAUCUAAAGGCAUGUUUCAAGCACCUGAACCACAUUCCAGGGACCAAGAAGAGCAUAAGUUUGCAGAAAGCAACUUCUUGGAGCUUCUCCAGUCAAUGUGGCAGCAUGAGGACAGUGAAGAGGAGGAUGAGUUUAAAGAGACGUCCGGAGAGGAGAGAGUCAUGGAAGAGGUGCAAGAGAGAGAUGGAGAGAAAGAGGACAGAGUGGAUGAGGAGGAGCUAGAUGAGAUCUAUGAGUUUGCAGCUACGCAAAGAAAGAUGGAGACAACUGCGACAGAGACUGAGGAGGAUGAGGGAGAUGCAAGUACAUCCCCUGGAAAUGAAAUGAUGAAGGAUGAAGAGAUCGAAAAAAGCGAGACUGAAUCCCUCCAAGAGUCUGCCAUGGUAACAAGUCCAACAUCAACUCCAAAUCUGGAGACUGCGAGAGUUUGUUUGAUGCCAGAUUUAGAUGCCGGCACACAUGAAAACAAAGACCCAGAUGCCAGCCUUGACAAGAGCUAUGACCGCUUAUUCUCCCAGUCUAUAGGGGAAUACAAGGAACCGCCACAGACACCAGCAUCCUGCUCUCAGAAACAACAUUACAAGCCUUCACACACAAUACAACGAAACACACCUGCCCCAUUUCGCCCUUCGUGUGUCGGUGAGGUGAUCGACCUGUCAAUAAGCCCUCCUCUAAGCUCAGGUAUGUCAGGUGAGCCUUCUUUUCCAAUGCCUGGUGUGUCUCCGGUACCAUAUAAGGCUGAGGAUAAACUCUUAAGAAAAGAUAUUUCAAGCUGCCCGGGAAUAGAAGACCCUUCUUCCCCUCCGAAAUCACACAGUAAACAAGUUGAGCUCAUUGUGCUCUCAGAUGAUUCUGAUGAGGCAAUGGAUGUGGAUGGUAAACACAAUACUAGUACCACUAAAUGUGCUUUAACCCCUAAGUCUCCUAUUAAAUCUCCCUCAGAGCCUCCUCGCAUGUCUGAAAGCUGUGCUCUUCAAGUUAAACCCACAGAAAACAGUUUUAAAGAAACUGGACCCCAAGGUCAUGCUGGUAAACAGGUGAAUGUUUCAAAGCAGGUGACAGUUGAUACAGAAACCAAGUCUGACUGUAGCCCUGGGGUUGCAAAUGAAAGUGUGUUUGAUGGCUCUGCUGAAGUUUCCUGGCUGAUUCCAGCUACUCCGGUACCAUCCACACGAUGUAGCUCAGCCCAGACAUGCGUCAGCAUGCGUCGAACUCAGCUAUUCCCCAAAUCUUGUUCUCCUUCAUCUUCUUCUUCUUCAUCAUCUUCUGUGUUGGACAGUUUGAAACCUGCCACCUUUGCUUCUUCAAGCAGCAAAUGCUCUAAAGAGAAGCAAGCACCCUUGUCUGAACUCCACAAAUCAGGUCAGAGUCCCUCUAAAGAACAUACUAGCACUAAAAUGGAUCGCUCUCCAGAUUACCAGAGACCACGUCAACAUCUUAGAUUGUCCCAGGUUGCUUCUGAUGUCUCUCAUGCUAGCAUCAUCAUGGGACGUCCAGCCCAGGGUGUCCUGCAGCCCUCAAGUAGCACCCCUCUCCAUUCAGUUGGUCCCUUACAACGUCAGAUCCUGUUUGACUCUCCAAUGGUUGGGGAAUGUGAGAUUCCCCUCAGGGAUAGUAGAGGUCGUUCUAGUUCAUUUAACUGUCAGAAAAAGGUAGAAUCUCUACAACUAAAUUCUCCUUCUCCUAGUAAAACACCUGAAAAGAGCCAGCAUGGAUGCUUCAACCCAUCCCACCAGGACAGUAGUCCUGAAAGAUCAAGAGAGAGUGGGAAUAAUGGGAUUAAGCAAAUGGAAGUGGGAGAAGAGAAUCUAAAUCAAAGUGUUGAAGAAGUGGUUGAUAUAUCCAGAAAGUCAUUCUCUGACAUGGAUGAGCCUUGGAGAGGAGCUGGAGAAGAGAAUCCAAACCAAAGUGUCGAGGAAGUGGUGGAUAUUGCAGACAACUCGUUAUGUAAUAAUGAAGAAAGAGUGGAAAAAGAAAUUCCUAAUCAAAGUGUUGAAGAAGUGGUGGAUAUUGCAGGCAGUUCAUUCUGUCAGAUGGAUGAGCCUCCCAUUGCGUUUGACGACUCCUGGGGUUUGGAUGGAGGGAUAGGGAGCCAGAAGCCUCACUUUAGUCUAAGACUUGACAGCAGUGAAGGCACAGUCAGUUCACCAGGUCUCGAGAGCAAAGGACAAAUGACAAGUCUACAGAUCAGAUCUCCUGUUGCAUCUGGAGCUCAUAACAAAAUCCCUGAUCCAAGUCCACCUCCAUUCAAUCCCAGCAUCCCUGACCCUGAUAUAUGGGACGAUUGGGAGGAAGAAGAGGAGGUUCCCCUUCCUCUUUCUCAGAGACUGGCAGCUCCUUCUGACAAGAGAGUUGCCGAACUAAAGACUCCAGUUGCAUCCAGAAAGAGGAAUAAUGGACCAUUGGUGCCCAUCACUCCCAUGCCAGGCUUCUCUGAUAUGGAGACACCUGAACUCAAAAACAGACUCAACAGGUACGGCGUGCGUCCGCUGCCUAAGAAGCAGAUGGUUCUGAAGCUGAAAGAGAUCCAUCAGUACACCCACCAGCUGCAGAGCUCAGAGUCUGAGGACGAGACCUCUGGACCACGACGGCCUCCGAUAGCCUCCAGCUCAAAAUCGCUCUCCUUUAAGCAACCUAUAGCGCCCCCUGCUGUCUCACCUGUCAAACUUCCACCAGGAGAAGAAGAGUCUCUAUCAGCUUCUCAAAACUCAAACACAUCUUCCACUGCAGAGUCCGAGAGGUCAAACCCAGAGCUGUGUCUGUCUGAAGAUGAAGACUCGGACAAUGAGGGCAUCACAUCGUCUCAGGCUGUCGUGCGCGAGAAGGACAAACUCCUCGCAGUCCGUCAGUUCAUCCUGUCCGAUCCAGAGCUGUACAGUCGAGUGUUGCAGUACCAGCCUCUUCCACUGGCAGAGCUGCGGGCCGGCUUGAAAGCUGCAGGUAUCAGGUUAGCUGCUGCUAAAUUAUUAGACUUCCUGGACUCACAGUGCAUUACGUUCAGCACGGCCAAACAAGGCAAGACCGCAACUUCCCGUAGAAAACGCCGUGUAAAAACUACAACUGCUGGAAGAGGGAGGAAAAAAAACAACUAGGCCCAAUGGGGGAGUCGAUUAAGGGCUGAAACCAAAUAAUGUGGUAAAAAAAAGAAUCAGAGGCUGUAAAAAAAAAAAACUCCAACUCAGGAUCACAGC